AAAAUUCCACUUUCAUUCUCUCUCCUCUAUCAGGAUCGAGCUCGAGAUGGGAGAUCUUAAUGGCGUCGCCGCCUUCUUCGUCCUCUCGUGCCUCCUCCUCUUCACCUCUACCACCGCCUUCUACCUCCCCGGCGUCGCUCCUCGCGAUUUCCGAAAGGGUGAUGAACUUCAGGUGAAAGUGAACAAACUUUCAUCGACAAAGACACAACUUCCCUAUGACUACUAUUUCUUGGAUUUUUGUAAGCCCUCCAAAAUCAUGAACAGUGCUGAGAACUUGGGAGAAGUCCUUCGUGGUGAUCGCAUUGAGAACUCUGUCUAUAUGUUCAAAAUGAGAAUAGAUGAUACUUGCAAAGUAGCUUGUCGCAGAAAGCUAACUCAAGAAACAGCAAAGAAUUUUAGGGAGAAGAUUGAUGAUGAAUACCGGGUUAACAUGAUCCUGGAUAAUCUUCCCGUUGCAGUCCCUAGACAAAGGAGAGAUGGAAGUCCGGCACCAAGUUAUGAGCAUGGUUACCGUGUUGGUAUUAAGAGUAAAGAUGAUAAGUACUUCAUCAAUAAUCACCUGAGCUUCAAAGUCAUGUACCAUCUGGACCCUGAGAUGGAUGAUGCACGGAUUGUCGGUUUUGAGGUUAUACCAAGCAGCAUAAAGCAUGAGUACAGUGGAUGGGAUGAGAAGAAUCCAAGAGUGGAAACAUGCAACGCUAACACUAAGAUUGCUCCAGGUAGCCAUGCUCCUCAGGAAGUAACUGACGAUGCAUAUGUUGUCUUUACAUACGAUGUUACCUUCCUGCCCAGUGAAAUUAAGUGGGCUUCGCGUUGGGAUGUGUACCUUCUGAUGAACGAUGACCAAAUCCACUGGUUUUCCAUUAUAAAUUCCUUCAUGAUCGUUCUAUUUCUAUCUGGCAUGGUCGCCAUGAUUAUGAUGCGGACUCUCUACAGAGAUAUAGCUAACUACAAUCAGUUGGAGACUCAGGAUGAAGCCCAGGAAGAAACCGGAUGGAAAUUAGUCCAUGGCGAUGUCUUUAGAACUCCUGUCAAUUCCGGACUUCUAUGUGUUUAUGUAGGUACUGGGGUACAAUUCUUUGGAAUGGCCUUGGUGACCAUGAUGUUUGCACUGCUAGGUUUCCUCUCACCGUCCAACCGUGGAGGCUUGAUGACUGCUAUGGUUCUUUUAUGGGUUUUCAUGGGUUUAUUCGCUGGAUACGCAUCAUCGCGUUUAUAUAAGAUGUUCAAAGGUACAGACUGGAAGAAAAACACUCUAAAGACAGCAUUCAUGUUUCCUGGUAUCGUCUUUGCCAUCUUCUUUGUGCUAAAUGCCUUGAUUUGGGGAGAGAAGUCCUCUGGUGCAGUUCCCUUUGGAACAAUGUUUGCUCUCGUUUUUCUAUGGUUUGGCAUAUCAGUCCCCUUGGUCUUUGUCGGUAGCUACCUGGGGUAUAAGAAACCGCCUAUUGAAGACCCAGUGAAAACAAAUAAAAUUCCUAGGCAAAUACCCGAGCAGGCUUGGUACAUGCAACCAGCUUUCUCUAUCCUGAUCGGCGGCAUUCUCCCAUUUGGUGCUGUUUUCAUCGAGCUUUUCUUCAUCUUGACAUCAAUAUGGCUGAACCAAUUCUACUAUAUCUUUGGUUUCCUUUUCAUAGUUUUUGUCAUUCUCCUCAUAACUUGUGCUGAGAUCACCAUCGUGCUUUGCUACUUCCAGUUGUGCAGUGAGGAUUAUAAUUGGUGGUGGAGGGCGUAUUUGACUGCGGGUUCUUCUGCACUCUACCUCUUUUUGUAUUCAGUGUUCUAUUUCUUUACCAAGUUGGAGAUAACGAAGCUUGUGUCAGGGAUCCUAUACUUUGGGUACAUGACGAUUGUGUCUUAUGCAUUCUUUGUGUUGACGGGGACGAUUGGAUUUUAUGCUUGUUUCUGGUUUGUUCGCAAGAUAUAUUCCUCGGUCAAAAUAGAUUGAUUUGGUGUUGGGAGGAGAGUGUGCUUUUAUGGACGACGAACUUCUACCGAGGGGAAUUUGGUGAUUUUGGUAGGAUGUAAAACAGUGAUAAUAGGACUUGGUUUGUAUCACUAUUUUCAAUCCUUUUUCUGUUUUCUUUUUAGAGACUGAACUUGUAUGCUUAUGUUUGUCUAGUUGUAACUGUUUCAUGGGUCAUACAACUUCGCAGUUAGUACUUAUAUUUUCAGAAGGAAUAUUUUCUACGAAGGCAUUGUAGAUUUCUAUUG